AUGACCGGCCGAGGGAAAGGAAAAGCGUCGGGCACCAAGGCAAAGAGCAGGUCCAGCCGAGCAGGUCUUCAGUUUCCAGUCGGCCGCAUCCACCGACUCCUUCGCAAAGGAAACUAUGCAGAGCGUGUCGGGGCGGGUGCUCCCGUGUACUUGGCCGCUGUGCUCGAGUAUCUAAGUGCUGAAAUUCUAGAGUUAGCCGGAAACGCCGCUCGUGACAACAAGAAGACCAGAAUCAUUCCCAGACACCUGCAGUUGGCCGUCCGAAACGACGAGGAAUUGAACAAACUUCUAGCUGGUGUAACGAUCGCCCAGGGCGGUGUUCUUCCCAACAUACAGGCCGUGCUGCUACCCAAGAAGGCCGAGAAGAAGCACCAUUGACAACAUCAAACCAUAAAAACGGCUCCUUUAGGAGCCACCAAACCUCGAAAAAAGUCGUGAUCAGUGAAAAAAUCCAUUUACUCCAAUUGACACUCGUACAUGCACACACAAGCGCUCGCGUCUUUACUUUGUCAUCGAUCAAAACAAAUCGUUUCAGUUCAGCUAGUGUCCAUCGCUUACAUUCCGUAUUUUUGAUCCCAAACUAGUAAAGAAAUAAAAAGCAAAUAAAAAUCAAACAGACGGAAUGAAAGACAAUUCAAAUCAGCUUUGGUUUUUUUGGAAACAUUGCCGGCGACUUUGUUUUCCUUUCGUUUGGUUGGACGACGGUAAUUUGGAUUUGCAAAAUGCCUCGACACAUUUGCAGCCCGCUCUUGUCUCUCUCUCUUUCAAUUGUUGGAGUGUGGAAUUUGCGAAUUGCAUAAACUGCUUUCCUACCUGUCAAGACAGAGAAACGCAUUUGAGUUUGAAUGGUACGAUCGCUGAUCACAAGUUUGCGUGGUUGUUGCAAACCCGCUUUAAUCUUUUCUAUUCCUUGCCAUCCCCGUUCCAAUAAGGAACGAGGGUUUUAUUGGGGCUAUUUUUAUUGGGGCUUUUUGGGGCUAAUUUUGCAUAGCAAGACAAGCGACUCGAAAUGUGUGUGUUAAUGAAAUGUGUUAAUGAUCAGAACUAACGUACUUGGAGAACGGUGCGAUCACGCGUGGUUCCAUUGCGUGGAAACGUAAUAGAAUUUGAGUAGAACGUUCGCUGAACCCAGCUUUGCACGGCUUUUGAAACUCCAAUUUACUACUUCCUAUUUCCUGCCAUCCCAGUUCCCUGUUGGAACGAGAGACUAUUUGGCACACCACGACAAGCGACUCGAGUUACACUGCAUUAACGCUAACACAAGGAUUAGGAGAAACGUUGAGAGCAGAAAAAUAUCGCCCUUUGACUCGUUGUUCAAACACAGGGUUUGACCAUCACUGUGGCUGAUCACGACUUUCGCAUGAGGUGGUGGCUCCUAAAGGAGCCGUUUAUCAGUUCUCUGAGGUUUCCGUGA